CGAGGAAAGGUGGAGCACGUGACCCAUUUCGUCGAAUUGUGUUUUAAAAUUCAGAGCGCGCGCCUGGUCCAAGCGAAACGCCGGAGGAACCGAUAACCCGCUUCACCGCAAACAGUCUGCCUCUGCGUUAUUAAUAAACCCUGGAACAUAAGCACAAUGUCCGAAGAAAAGCCAAAGGAGGGAGUGAAGACGGAGAACGACCACAUUAACCUCAAGGUAGCUGGUCAGGAUGGGUCAGUCGUACAGUUCAAAAUCAAAAGGCACACCCCGCUCAACAAACUCAUGAAGGCAUACUGCGAAAGACAGGGAUUGUCAAUUCGUCAGAUACGGUUUAGGUUUGAUGGACAACCAAUUAAUGAAACGGACACGCCGUCACAGCUGGAGAUGGAGGAUGAGGACACUAUUGAUGUAUUUCAACAACAGACAGGAGGAGUUUCUUCUUAAAUCGGAUGUGGACUCUUGGAAGAACAUCCACAUCAUUUUUUUCUUGUUGUAUUUGUUUUCUCUUAAUCCUCCCCUCCCUCUACUGUGCUUGGUCAGGCUGUUCACAACAUAAAAUAAGGUUUUUCAUUUGGGGCCAAAUCCUAACUUUGAGAUGCAGGGUAAUUUUUAAAAAGUGUUUUAUUCACAUUAAUGGAUGAUUUGAAAUUGUCCAAGGCAGGGACACGUCUCCGAUAGAUAUGGCUUGUAAUAAAGAAGAACAAAUAACCCACUGUGAUCUUUUGAUGUUGAAAUGACCUCAUGCAUGUCCCAUAAACCAUGAGAUUAAUUACAUGCCAAAAUCCUUUUUCCUUUUUUGUUUAUGUUUUUGAGAUUGUUGGGAGCAUAUAAAUUCAGGGUGGGCGCAACUAUUUUUAAUUCAAGUACUUGGAGGAAUACUGCUAGAUGGUGGCCUUUGGUAGUGGGGAAAGACAUGGCAACUUUCACUUUGAGGAAUUUUUUUUUAAGCAACAUCCAAAAUAAUUUGUAUUUCUGCCCAAGAAAAAACUUUGUGCUGAGAAAGAUCCAUAUGGAUGAUGUACCUCAAUACUGUCACGCUUGACUCAUUCGUAAAUAAAGUACAGUGAUGUUUCUGGACCAAAAAGUUAAAUGAAGUGUUCUUUUAUAAAAGGCUUUGGUUAAUAUAUAAUAUGUAGAUAUAAAGGGUUACAGUGACUGUCGCACAGCAGAACAGUUCUCUUAAUGUGUUACUUUCUUUCUGCCUUUUCAGGACAUCAGAAAACAAAUAAUUCACCAUAACCAGUCCAGAAAUGGAGUGUACCAUCUGCGGUUAUAUAUUUCUUUGCGUGCAUAAAUAUAUAUUGAGUCAAUGUGUUGCCAAUUUGAAUACAAUUGUCCAACAUCUAUCCCAACUAUUCUUAGUUCGGUUGACUCUUGUGUUUUGGUAAGUAGAACUCUUGUUUUAUAAGAAUGUCCUUCAUUUUUGUGUCUUCAUUUGUUAGUUUUGCAGGGUGACAUUGGCAGAUACCCCCCACACACACACACAUUUUUGUUUUGGGAUUUGUACAUUAUUGUCCCUAUACUGUAUACAAUAAAUAUAGUUUGAUACUCA